UGUAGGUCAGGCUUGGCUUAAGCAGCUUUCCCCAACCUGCGUCAGCUUAAGCUGGAGGAAUUUUAAUAAGCCCUCCCCUGUAGGCGUGGGCCUAAAUGGGGCUAGCCUAGUUAAGCCUGAUCUUUCUGUUUGUGAAAAGAGCUGAGCAGAGCUGAAGGCUGCAUGGUGGAUUCAGAAACUGCCUACUUAAUUUCAAAAGAACAAUGGUAGGAAAGGCUAGAUCUUCCAAUUUCACCCUAUCUGAAAAGCUUGAUCUGCUAAGCCUUGUGAAGCCAUAUGUGAAAAUUCUCGAAGAGCACACUAAUAAAAAUUCAGUAAUAGUAGAAAAGAAUAGAUGUUGGGAUGUCAUAGCAGUUAACUAUAAUGCAAUUGGAGUAGACCGCCCUCCUCGAACAGCACAAGGCCUACGCAGCCUUUACAAAAGGCUCAAAGAAUAUGCCAAACAGGAGCUAUUGCAGCAAAAGGAGGCCCAAUCAGAUUUUAAAAGCAGUAUUUCUGAGCCAACCAAGAAAGUUAUGGAGAUGAUUCCCCAGAUUUCCAGCUUUUGCCUGAUAAGAGACAGGAACCACAUACAAAGUGCAAACUUGGAUGAGGCUGCCCAGGCUGGCACCAGCUCACUGCAGGUAAUGGUGGAUCACCAUCCUGUUGCUAUUACAGUGGAGGUAAAGCAAGAAGAGGACAUUAAGUCAUCCCCUCCACUGUUUCCAAAUCCUCAACACAAUGAUACUUCAGAGCAAAGAGAAGAGCAUGAACUGGUACAUGUUAUGGAAGAACCCUUGUCUCCAUCACUUUCUUCUGUUGAUAUGAGAAUGACAUCAUCUCCAUCUUCUAUUCCAAGGAGAGAUGAUUUUUUUCAUCAUGAAAGUGGAGAACACUUUAGGUCUCUGCUAAGAUAUGACCCUCAGAUCCUGCAAAUGUUAAAAGAGGAACAUCAGAUAAUUUUAGAAAAUCAGAAGAAUUUUGGAUUAUAUGUUCAGGAGAAGAGGGAUGGAUUGAGAAGAAGGCAGCAGCUAGAGGAGGAGCUACUCAGAGCGAAGAUUGAAGUGGAGAAGCUGAAAGCGACUCGUUUACGGCAUGACCUGACCGAGUACAGCAGUCUCUAAGAGUCUUUUCAGUCUUGCAAUUUGAUAAUUUUAACUUUAUCAGAAUUAAUUUGGAUUAUCAUGAAGCUGAGCACAUGUCCUAUAAAAAUGUUGUUAAUCUCUCAUAUAAAAAAAGCUCUUAACAUGAUUUUCUUUUCCUUUCCAACCCUAUUUUUUUAAACACAAGUUUCUAAGUAUUUAAUUUUCUCUUUAAUACUAAAAUUUACUGAUUGGUUGACAUGGUAAUCCAGCUCUUUGUCUUCCCUCAAUUUUUUUUCUAAGACAUUUAGUUGUUGGCCUUAUGUAAGAUUACAAAUAGAGUUGUAUAUAGUGUAUAAGCCUGUAAUUGCAGCACUUGGGAGGGAGAGGCAGGGCAGAAGAUCAAGGUCAUCCCAAUUUCAAGGUCAGCCUGUGCUAUGUGGAGUACUGUGUCAAACAAAACAAAAUGCACAAAAUUGUAUAAAUGCAUAAAUAGUGUUUGAAAGUACUGAAUCUUUAACAGUUUUAGUUACAACUUUGAAGGUUAGAUUUAAAAGGGGAGAGAGGGAGAAUGUGUUGGUGUUGGAUUAAGUACCUAAUGCAUGGUAAGCACAUACCUUUGUUGCUGAGCUACAUCCCUAGUCCAAUUUUUUUUUUUUUUUUUUUUGAGACAGGAUCUCAUUCUGUAGCCCAGGCUAGCCUGGGAUACAAGCUCCUCUUGCCUCAGCCAUCUGAAUACUGGAAUUAUAGGUGUGUGGUAUACUCACAGUAACAGAAAACUUGUAUGCAUGCUAUGGGUUUUGUCUUUACCUUUUGAAAGAGUGGGGUUAGACCUUAGAGACAGAAAGUAUUUGGAAAACACUUCAAUUUAGAAACGGAGGUCAGGGAAGAUGCCAUAAUUAUUCUAGGUAGCAAAGCUUUUGAUGGCAGAGUAAAUAUGGGUGCUUUUUCUUUUCUUUUUUUUUUGAGGGAGCAGGGGGAAAUGGUGGUGGUAAUUUUUAUUCUUUAUUCUAUAGAAGAAGUAAAAACUCAGAAUUCAUUUAAUUAAUUAAGAGAAUUUAUUUAAUUAGAAUCACAUAUUGGGUUGGAGAUGUAACUCAAGAGUGGAGCUCCUGGUGUGUUUGAGUCCCAUCUCCAGGGACAGAAGGAAACUUACUAUUGGACAGAAGGAAACUAUACAUUAUUGGGUUAUGAAGUCUAGGGAAUUGUGUCACCACCCCACUCCCUCUCUGUUGGUCCUGCUAAAAGAGAUCAAGUCUUUUUAUUGAAAAUAUUACAUAUUUUGAUUUGUGAUUAAAAUUAUCUUAGUUCAUUUUAAAUGUUUCCUUCACAGUAAAGUUAGAAUUAAACAAAGUGUAAACUACAUAGAAUAAAAAUAACAAAAAUCAUGUUUACAUAUAAUUUAACUUGUAGAUUUUUAAGUAUGAUUUUUAAAUAUUGUUGUAUUCAUGGAAAUAAAAUCUUGAUUUUUAUAAAUCUUACAUAUUGAAUUUAUGUUAAAUAUUUAAUAUGUGUCUCACAUAUUUGAUUUCCAUUUUUUCUGGGAUUUUGAUGAGGAAGGACUUUAAAAAGCCAGGCUUUUGGAUGGGGCAGGUAGAGUUUCAGAAAUACUGGGGAUAAAGGGUGCUUGAUGUCUGUGAGCACUUACAAAAACACAGGAUGGAGUAGAUCAAGGUGUCCAAGCACAUAUGCUCUCUAAGCCAGGCAAGUUUGAAGGGAGGAUAGGUAGAAAGUUUGGGGUAACUUGAAUGACCUGGAACACACUCUGUAGACCAGGGUGGCCUCAGUCUCACAGAGAUCAUCUACCUCUGGGAUGCUGGAUUAAUGGAGUGCUUGGUGGACAUCUUUCUUGACUACAUUGGGUAGCUUCUGUUUAGUUCAAGUUGAAUUUUACAUUCAGGAAUACGCCAGAAAUCUUAUUUUGUGUGAGAUUUUCCAGUUUCUAAAUGUUUGCAAGUCAUUCAGAAUGCUUUUUAAAACAGUUUAGGCAUGCCAGCUCCAGGGCUUUCAGGCUUCUAAUUGGUGGUCUUUAGAGUAAAAAGCCCAGGUGAGGAUGUGGCCAUGGUUUGAUGAUUCAGGGUUCUUCUGGUGUAAUCAAGGCUCCAGGGUUCCAUCCACAGCACCACAAACACAAUGCAAUUAAGACAAUAGUGUCAGUCCUGAACUGGAGUAUCAGUGUUGUAUUACCUCUUUAGAGUGUGAAUCCAUCCAGUGAAUCAGAAACCAGGGGUAGGGUUCAGCAGUCUGUGAAUAGUGUCCUCUGGGGACUCUGAUGCUAGCUAAUGGUUGAGAGUUGAACUUGGUGCUUAAAUCAUGGCGGCUUCUCAAUGGUUCUCAUUGAAGAGUAAUGUGGGUAAAAUGUCAGUUGUUAUCAAAUUAUGGAUUACAUUAAAUGCUAUUUUCAUGGAGUCAGAUUUAACUGAAUAUAAAGUGAGAAGCUGUUGAAGGCCUUUUGAUUAUAGAGAUGACACAAUUAAGAUGUGAAUUAGGGAGAAUGCUAUCAAAUGUAGUGAUAUAAGUAAUGGUUAUAGAAAUAGAAAGAGUAAAUAGAGUGAACUCUUAGGCUACUAGGUUAAUUUGUUUAUUUAUGUUCAAGGUCAUAAUGUAUUCUCAUGGCAGUUUGCCUUUUUAAUUUGUGCUAUGGUUUUCAGUUGAAAUGUAAUGAAUCUUCUAAUUUGAGGUAAUAUAUUUUAUAAUAUAAUUUUAGUAAAUAAUGUCUACAGUAGAAACCCUUUUGAAAUUAUUCAAAAUAAGAUAUGAUAAGUCUAAUUCUCAUUAUUUCAGCAUGUUGCUGCUCAGACUUGGUAGUUAACAUUCAGUCUGAGUAUUGACUUUGUAUAGUAUAGCGAAACCCAUUUACAAGUGUCUUUGUAGAAAAUUAAUUCUGUGAAAUGUUUGUAGAAAGUAAUUCAGUGUUUAAAGAAACAUCUUUUUUGAUGGUUUGGUUCUAUAAUCAGUGUAGAAAUUAAAAAAAUAUAGAUGUCUUUGAAAAUUCCUUUGUUGUACAUAAAGUAGUAUUGUAAUCACACUUUGGCAUUGUUCAAAUUUGCUGUUUGUGUCAAGUGGCACAAUUUGUUAGUAGUUAAGGGCUAUGCAGAAUAAUAAACCUAUUUUUUUGUAUUUUA